GGCGGGGGUGGGGGUGCGGGUUAUAAAAGAGCGGAGCGCCGCUUUAAUCCGCAGCAGCAGCAGCAGAACCCGGAGCCAGAAGCCGCACCACCAGAACCCCUACAGAGCCAGUUGGAACCGCAGGUCAGCAGCAGCACAGGCGCCAUCAUGCCGUUCGGGAACACCCACAACAAGCUGAAGAUGAACUACACCUCGGAGCAGGAGUACCCCGACCUGAGCCAGCACAACAACCACAUGGCCAAGGUGCUCACGCCUGAAAUGUACGCCAACAUGCGCGACAAGGAGACGCCCAGCGGCUUCACCUUGGACGACCUCAUCCAGACCGGCGUCGACAAUCCAGGUCAUCCCUUCAUCAUGACGGUGGGCUGUGUAGCUGGGGACGAGGAGACGUAUGAGGUGUUCAAAGAGCUGAUGGACCCCGUCAUCGAGGACCGUCACGGAGGAUACAAACCAUCAGACAAACACAAGACGGACCUGAACCCCGACAAUCUCCAGGGCGGAGACAACCUGGAUCCAAACUACGUGUUGAGCUCCCGGGUUCGGACAGGACGGAGCAUCCGCGGCUUCUGUCUGCCGCCGCACUGCAGUCGCGGGGAACGCCGCGCUAUCGAACAGCUCUCCCUCGAAAGUCUGGACUCUCUGGAGGGAGACCUGAAGGGGAAGUACUACGCCCUGAAGAACAUGACUGACGACGAGCAGCAGCAGCUCAUCGACGACCACUUCCUGUUUGACAAGCCCGUGUCUCCGCUGCUGCUGGCGUCCGGCAUGGCCCGGGACUGGCCCGACGGUCGCGGCAUCUGGCACAACGACAACAAGACCUUCCUGGUCUGGGUCAACGAGGAGGACCACCUGCGUGUCAUCAGCAUGCAGAAGGGGGGCAACAUGCAGGAGGUCUUCAACCGCUUCUGCACCGGACUCACCAAGAUCGAGGGCUUGUUCAAGGACCGAGGACACGAGUUCAUGUGGAACGAGCACCUGGGCUACGUCCUCACCUGCCCGUCCAACCUGGGGACCGGCCUGCGGGCCGGCGUGCACGUCAAACUGCCCAACGUCAGCAAGCACGAGAAGUUCGGCGAGAUCCUGAAGAGGCUGCGGCUGCAGAAGAGAGGAACAGGUGGCGUGGACACCGCAGCCGUGGGCGGGGUCUUCGAUAUCUCCAACGCGGACCGCCUGGGCUUCUCCGAGGUGGAGCUGGUCCAGAUGGUGGUGGACGGGGUCAACCUGCUGGUCAACAUGGAGAAGCGUCUGGAGGGCGGCGACUCCAUCGACGACAUGAUGCCGGAGCAGAAGUGAACUGUCUGGUCGUAGCCCGAUCCCCCCCACCCCCCCCCUCACCUGUCACCACCCCCGCCCCCCCCCCCACACUGUAGUGAGUCGUCCUGAAGCUGCAGGACGUUUAGAGCCGCUCAGUUAGACUUCAGUCUUCCAACAUGUGAAGGUUUUCUAUUUCCUGUCUGCACCUGUUGGACCAUCUAACACCUGAAAUAUCUAAUAAAGUCUCUGUGGCCCAAACUAAA